GCAUUUUUUCAAAAUUUUACCUUUUGUUUACUUUUGUUUUGCUGAAAACUUUAUUUUUGUUGUUCAUUCUGACAGCCAUGGACCAAGCAGUAGUAUCAAACCCAGUAACACUAGUUUAUAUUAAGAAAAAUGGCGGAGAUGGCUCCUCUACAUCACUCUCUGCUGGCUCUCUGUCCACAAUUGGCAGCGACAAAGACUGUGAUGUUCGUGUUCAGCUCCCAACAGUAGCCAAGAAACAGCUCAAGAUAGAAGUGGGAGAAAACGGACAAGUUUAUAUCACUAAUUAUCAAGAUGACAAGAACGUUAUGUUAAAUGACAAGAAGGUUAACAUGUCAAAGGUCCCUGUCCCUAACCAGGGGAUUGUGAGCAUUGGCUCCUGUCGCUUUCGUUUUGACUAUCAUACGGACAUUUUGACUAGUAUUGAAGAGGAGGAGGAGAGUGGGGAACAGGUACAAAUAGGUACAGAUUUAAUAGCUGAUGCAGAUGAAAAAGAGAAUUCUGAGACUGUGGUACAGAAUCCUCAAGCUGUUACUAAAGUCCCUACUCCUAUACCACCAACACGGAGCAGGAAACGCUACCAUAGCUCCAGCAGGGCUUCAUUCCUGCAGCCUAUCCCUGAAAACAAUGAAACAAUGAACGAGGAGGAAGAGGAAGAGGAGAGAGAGGAGGUGCCAGAUUUACUGACCUCCAUCCCUCCCUCUCAACCCAGGAGGUCAAGCAGGAAAUCCUUAAACGUCUCGUUUGGUCCACUUCUAUCUCCGGAAUACUUUGAUAGGACCCUCCCUCCCAACACGCCCAUUAAAAGGGGGAGCAUACCUAGUUUACAAUUGGAUGUUUUGUGUCACACUCCUCCUCCACUUAAGAGCCCUCUAGUGAGGAAGCCUAUCUCUUCAGUAAAGAGAGGAUUAGAAGCAACCCUCCCUUCUACUCCUCCUAGCACUCCUCUUGAUAGUGGACCAUCUCCAAAGCGCUCAAGGAAGUCAUUGCCCACUUCUCAUGCUCAAAAAGCUAAGAUGAAACGCUCAUCUCUUCCUCCUGGCACUAAGAUUGCAGUAACUAACAGAGGGAAAUCCUUGCCUACUCCUAUUAAACGUGCCAUUGCUUCCAAGCCUUCCUUAAACAAAACUAAGAAAUCAAUGGCUACUCCACUUCGUAAAGCUAUUGAAUCAAAGCCUUCCUUAAACAGAACCAAGAAAUCAAUGGCUACUCCACUUCGUAAAGCUAUUCAAGCAAAACCAUUUCUUAGGCAAACUAAGAAAUCAAUGGCUACUCCACUUCGUAAAGCUAUUCAAGCAAAACCAUUUCUUAGGAAAACUAAGAAAUCAAUGGCUACUCCACUACGUAAAGCUAUUGAAGAGAAACCAUCUCUUAGGAAAACUAAGAAAUCAAUGGCUACUCCACUUCGUAAAGCUAUUGAAGGAAAACCAUCUCUUAGGCAAACUAAGAAAUCAAUGGCUACUCCACUACGUAAAGCUAUUGAAGAGAAACCAUCUCUUAGGAAAACUAAGAAAUCAAUGGCUACUCCACUUCGUAAAGCUAUUCAAGCAAAACCAUCUCUUAGGCAAACUAAAAAAUCAAUGGCUACUCCACUUCGUAAAGCUAUUCAAGCAAAACCAUCUCUUAGGCAAACUAAGAAAUCAAUGGCUACUCCACUUCGUAAAGCUAUUGAAGGAAAACCAUCUCUUAGGAUAACUAAGAAAUCAAUGGCUACUCCACUUCGUAAAGCUAUUGAAGCAAAGCCUUCUCUUAGGCAAACUAAGAAAUCAAUGGCUACUCCACUACGUAAAGCUAUUGAAGAGAAACCAUCUCUUAGGAAAACUAAGAAAUCAAUGGCUACUCCACUUCGUAAAGCUAUUCAAGCAAAGCCUUCUCUUAGGCAAACUAAGAAAUCAAUGGCUACUCCACUUCGUAAAGCUAUUCAAGCAAAACCAUCUCUUAGGAAAACUAAGAAAUCAAUGGCUACUCCACUUCGUAAAGCUAUUGAAGGAAAACCAUCUCUUAGGAUAACUAAGAAAUCAAUGGCUACUCCACUUCGUAAAGCUAUUCAAGCAAAACCAUCUCUUAGGAAAACUAAGAAAUCAAUGGCUACUCCACUUCGUAAAGCUAUUGAAGCAAAGCCUUCUCUUAGGCAAACUAAGAAAUCAAUGGCCACUCCACUUCGUAAAGCUAUUCAAGCAAAACCAUCUCUUAGGAUAACUAAGAAAUCAAUGGCUACUCCACUUCGUAAAGCUAUUCAAGCAAAGCCUGCACUCCGUAAGACAAAACGCUCAUUGCCUACUCCACUGAAAGCAGCUCUUCAAGCUAAAGUUGCUUUGAGAAAGACAAAGAAGUCAUUGCCUACUCCACUAAGAGAUGCCAUAUCCAGCAGCAACAUUAAACUAAGGAAGACUAAGAGAUCACUACCCUCACCUCUGAGGAAUGACAUUAAGGGAAAGCCAUCACUACGCGUAGUACACAAGAAGAUCCCCACUCCACUGAAGAAGGAGAUAGAGUCAAAGCCAUCUCUCCGUUCAACCAAGAGAUCUCUACCUUCACCGCUUCGUGCUCAGAUUGCUGCAUCGAACGUAUCUGAUUUGAGACCUAUUCUGCAAAGGAUGGAGAUCAAUUUACAGAAUGAGAUUAAGAGCACUCGGGUUCUCAGACACGUGACAACAAGAGUCCCUCCUUCUCCUCGUAACGUUAUCAAGCUCUCUCGACCGGUUGUGAGGAAAAGAGGGUGGGACAAUGUUAGCUCUACUCCUGAGAGAAGUGCCAAGAGGCUGAGACAAGGGACAGAGGAAGAGGCUCGUGGGUCUCCCAAACAAUCCUCUUUUGUUCCUUCACUUAAUAUUGGAAGCUUUGCGUUUGGGCAACAAUCCAGUUCUAGUGGUACUUCAGGACCAUUUGUCUUCCAAGGAGCCCCUGAAGGAGCCACUAGUCCUUCUAUUGGAACUGGCAAACGCAAUGCAAGCAGAAAGACUAAGAGGGGGACAGUUAAAGAGACAAAUACUGUACCGAGAAGAUCAACACGAAAUAGGCACAAUCCUACUUCCUCCAGUAAUGAUGGAAACAAGAAACCUUUAGCCGUUGAGGAUUCCGUUGCUGUUGCUACCACUACUCAGAGAUCACUGCGUAGCAAAAAUAAAGAAGAGCCUCAGCUAAAGACAUCACAGAGACAAACCCGUAGCAAUAAGAAGAUUAGUGAAGAACAAGAUGAGACAGUAACAGUGUCUGCUUCAAAAAAGAAACCAGCUCAAAGCAAAAAAGGAAAAGCUGAAGAGACACCAGCACCUCCACAAAGGGAGCUACGUAAUUCCAAGAAGACUAAUGACACUGAGGAAGAGAGAGAGAGUCUGGAAGAACCAGCUCCAAGAAGACAACUACGUAGCAAAAGUAACAAGGCUAGCACUGCAACUGGUGAGGAACCUUCCACUAGCAGGGAGUCUAAAACUGAAGUCCAAGUGACGCCUAAACCGAGAAGACAACUACGAUCAAGGAAUGUAGGGAGCAAGGAAGAAGAGGAAGAAGAGAAAGAAAACGCACCACCACCACCUCAGCCUUCUGCUAGCAAGAAAAGGAAAGUUGCUGCUUCUACUGGAGAUAAUGAAGCCAUUUCUAAUGCUGCAGGGUCUAAGAGACCCCGCAGAGGAGCGACUGCAGAUAAGAAGGUUGAGACAGUAGAGCCUGCUGUGAGGAGAUCCUCGCGUCUUAGAAACAAGAAUUAAUUUUAGUUUAUUAGUAUUUUAACAUUUUGCAAAGUACUUUCAUGCACAGA